AUGAGUAACAUGAGUGGAAAUAUAAACAAGAACGGAGAUAAAAAUGACCACAAUGACGGAUCAGGUUCUGACACUAACACUGAAGUAUCACAUUCACCUUCAUUGACCCCGGUGUCAACAAAAGACAUGGAAGUUGUUGAACCAUCUAGUGUAGGUCACCAUAAGACAGAGGAGUAUACUGUCGUCAUUGAAAUUGAUAAUUUGCCUCCUGAUAAAAAUUGGAAACAAGUGAAAUAUCUAUUGGGAGGAAUAGUGAAUCCCAAAAGUAUCAUUGCAAUAAAAUUUUGUCCAUUAAUAACAUCAGUUGCACCCCCUUUUAUGACUUUCCAAAACUGUAUUGUUACUUUAAAAUUUCCUGAAUCAAGGAUUAAUGCUGAUGUAAGCUAUCUGUUAUAUAAGCUAAAUUCGUACCAUUGGGAUUAUUUUAACCUGUAUGCAUUUGUUCUGUCUUUACCAUCUGUGGAAAUGUAUAAUACUGCACCACCUCAUUUGUAUAGCAGUUAUGCAAAUGUUAAGAACCUUCCCUCAGAACCACAAAAUAAUUUUGAAUUCCGGCAUACAAAAGAAGACAACUUCCAUGAAACCUAUGCAUCAGACACUUUUGAGGGAGGACCCCAAUUUAAUCCACAGUUUGUGGAAGGUCAUGGAUUGCAUUACCCAAAUCCACAUAUGUCACAAAUACCUCAAAUUUCUCCAACGCAUCAUAAUCAAUCGAUGUUUCAUCCAUCUAUGCUUAAAAUGCCGCCAUCAACUCUUCCCAGGCAAGCUUACCAUCAAAGGCAGCACGUUCAAAACCAUGAAGCUCCAUUGCAUGUACACAGAUAUUAUGACAAUUCUCAAUAUUAUUCAAUGAAUGAAAGGAAUAUUAAAACAAGUAAGAAGAAGGAUAGUUCUGGACUUUCAACUAUAAUUAAUGAAAGGAAAAAACAUUCUAUUUUAAAGUUAGUAAAUGAAACGUCUUUAAAGUUAGAUGAUAUGCAUAUAUUAGAGACACCAGAAAAUUCAUUAAAGAACAGGAAAAAGUUGCAACAAAUAUUCAAUGAGAACAUCUUCAGAACUCAAAUGACAGCAAGAAAUAUGUACCAACUGCAAAUAGAGAAUUUCCCACCAUAUUUACAAACUGAAACAGAAGUAGAAGAGAUAAAUGAAAUAUCUGCCGAUAUAAAAUGCAUUGUCACAGAUAGAGCAGAAAAGUAUUCUAGAAUUAAAUGGUCAGUGCUGAAAGAAUUUAUUAAAUUAAAAUGCCUGAACUUUUUAAACAAGCAGGUAUCAAACAAUAAUAAUAAGGUAUCAAUAAAGCAGUCGGAUAAGGAAAUGUCCAGUAGUGACGAUACUAAAAAGAAAAUAUUCAGUGACAAUGAAAUUUCAUUAGUUGCAAACGAGCUUUCCCUGAAUGAUACUAGCAGUACUACAAAAAAUUUUUAUGUUGGGAUGUAUGAGGACCAUGACGAAUUGUUAAAAGUUGAGAUUAUACCUAGUGAUUCAAAUAAGGAAUCGGAAACAGAAAAAGCAGGAAGUAGCCAUGAGCAAAAUGGAAACAGUAUUGAGCAAAACAAAAGUGUGAAAUAUAUGAUGGGGACUUUUUACAAAGCUGUAGUUGGGUUUCAUGACAAAGAAUUCUAUAAUAUUUGUAUGAGGGCAAUAAAUGAUCAAGAAUUUGCGUUAGGAUAUAAAUUAAAGGUGGCAGAAUUACCACCUUUAAAUAUGGAUUCAAAACCUUCUGUAGGUCGUGAAAAAAAUGAUCCGAUCAGAUAA